CGGGUGCAGCGCGUGAGGUUGAUGCCAGGCAGAGAUAGAUGGAUUGGCGAGGGAGGAUAAACCUGCACGGUGACACAACUAGAGUAAAGAGGAGGCGUUUGAUGAGUGAGAGAAAACUGAGAGAGUUACGGAACAAAUAUAGAGGAGAGAGGAACGGGGAAAAGCAGGAAUCCUCCUGCUGACUGGUUCCUGUCUGCCCGCACCGAUGUCCAAGGCCCGUCCGGUGACAGCAGAAUACAACCAACCGAGAUAGAGCGCACGGAAACGGCCACUGGGGUGGAAAGCUUCGGGGAACCGCUGGAGCUCUUCUCUGUAACUGAGAUGAUGGAUUCACCCACAGAUCUUUUUGAUGAUUCUGCUCCCCAGAUACAUACAUUUGCUCCCACUCUCAACUCCUCAGAUCUCCCUGGAAUUCAUCCUCAGGCUGGUGCCGACCGCCUUACUCCUGCUUUUAGACCCCCUGGCUUCCCCCUGAUCCACCAUCUCCUUCAGCCAGGUGGAGGCCCCAGGAGGAUUGGAGGGUUACUGAACACCAGCCUGAGUACCCACAGACACCUGGAGGACAGAAAUAUGGAGGAUGAUGAAGGAGAGAGGGACGAACAUAUGGAGCAAAGAAUGGAAGGUGGAGAUGAGGGAGCGAUGGAGGGAAAGGACAACUUGUUGGCGGUUAAGAAGAGGCACAAUGAUGCAGCCCUCGCAGCAGAGUGGAGUCAAGACAUCCUGAAAGUGAAGAGGAUGAAGCUCGAAAACCGACAGCGAGAUGGAGAGACAGAUGAGGGAGGCAAGCAAGGAGGGAGGGAAGGGAGGAGGAGGGAAAGGGAAGAGCUGAAAGAACAGCUGGAGGAGGCAAGAGAGAGACUGCAGGCUCUGCAGGAGAAAGUGUGGAGAGCUUUUGGGGAAAAGCACAUGGCAGAGGAGGAGAAGAAAAGGAAGCGCAGAAACAGAAGCAGUGGUGGAGUUGAUGGAAGAGAAGAAGAUGUGGGGAUAAUGGAGGAGGAGGACAUUACAGAAGGGAUGUACGAUGAAGAGGACACUGAUGGUGGAGAGAUGGAAAAGGAGUCAUUUUCCCUGCUUUCUGAGUCCCCUUUUGACAGCUUCCACAAACGGAAAGACGAGCUGCAAAAAGACAGAGAAGGAAGGAUGGAGAGAGGAAGAGGAGGAGGGUUGCACUUGGAUGGUGUGAUGGAGGGAUCGGGGUUGUGGUUGGACUGCGGAGGGUUGGUCAGAGGAGACUGGGAUAUAGGGAUAGAUGAUGAGAGCGAGGAGGGAGGGCAGAAGUUUGCUCAGGCGCUGAAGCUGGAGUUGGGCAGUGCUGUGGCCCGGGUCAUUGACCGAGUUCUCCGCCUUUACACCGAGAUGACAGAUUUCACUCCUUCCUCUCCUCCUGCUGCUAUCUCAUUUCUCCCAUCUGAUCCAGGAAGUGACGGAGGGAAGGAGAAGGCGGUGUGGAUGGGGCUAUUAACAAGAGGAAGACGAGAAGAAACAACGAGUGACAAGGAGGAGAAAACAAGAGGGCAGGAGGGAGAAAGAGAGAAGCAGCUCCAUAAGAUGAGCAACGGGGGCGCCCUGCCCCCUCGGCCACUACGUCGAACUGAACCGUCAGAUCUAGCGAUGCCAUUGGCUCUUCAAAGGUCACCUGACACACGAAAGGCCUACCCACUCCUUGGCCCACCUCUCCCCACUCACCUCAAUCCCUCUCACCCAAACCUCUCCCUGCACCACCCUUCUUUGCCUCGUCCCCCUCCUCUUUCUCACCCUCCCCUCUUACCUCCAGCUUCGCAGCCCAAGGACCACUCCUCCUCUUCCUCCUUUCACCCAUCUUCAACCUCCUCCUCUUCUUCCUCAUCUUCUUUCCCUGCACCUCCCCCUCCUCCCCCGCCUCCCCCUCCUCCUCUCCCUCUCCCCUUGCUCCACUACUCCAUGCAGCAGCUUUUCUCCCGCUCACUUCACCACCCUCAACUCCCCCACCUCCCAUCAUCCCGCAAAGACUACUUGAACUCUGACCCUUUUUUGGAGUUCUCUUCUCACCCCUCGUCUCACCCCACCUUUCCCCCACUCCCCUUGCUCGGUCACCUGGACCCGUCACUUGCACGCCACGUGCACGGGGGGAGAGAGAGGGAGAGAGUGAUGAGGGGAGAUGGAGGCAUGAGAGGAGGAGGAGGAGGGAUGGACGGAGGAGAGCUGUACCUGACUGCCGGGGGGACCCAAGAGGGCUUGUCUCCCUGCCAUCUGAAGAAAGCCAAGCUCAUGUUCUUCUACACACGCUAUCCCAGCUCCAACACGCUCAAGACAUAUUUCCCUGACGUCAAGUUUAAUCGCUGUGUGACCUCCCAGAUGAUUAAAUGGUUCAGUAACUUCAGAGAGUUCUUCUACAUCCAGAUGGAGCGCUUUGCACGCCAGGCUGUCCGCGAGGCUCUCACCCGGGAUGGUGCAUCUCGUAUUGGCCGAGAGAGUCAGCUGCGAGUGGGCCGUGAUACGGAGCUUUACCGCAUACUGAACAUGCACUACAAUAAAAGUAACAUCUACCAGGUUCCAGAGAGGUUCAUCGAAGUGGCUGAAGUGGCUCUGAGAGAGUUUUACUCAGCCAUUUGGACUGGGAGAGACAGCGACCCCUGCUGGAAGAAAGGAAUAUAUAAAAUUAUCUGUAAACUUGACAGCCCUCUACCAGAUGCGUUCAGACUGCCAGGCUGUCCGGUUGGCUAAUGAUUGGACCGCUUUCUUGUGGUCCGUGUGCACAAAUGCAUGCACAAACAUGAUUUUACUAAUAUAACACAUAUGCAUUAAAUCAUUCAGAAACUGUUACAUUUCUGACUGUUCAGACUGGUAUGUGGCUAUCCAGAAGAUCAUUUAGAAUAAAAGCAUUUUGACUGACAUGCAGAGGAAUACAUAUACUCUCUCAAAUAGACGGGCACGUUUGUUAUACAGGCUCAAUAGCGCACCCUCGGCACAGCAGUCUUGUGACUGCACUUAUCAAGGAACGUGACCGUACCAUUGAAUUAAAACGGACAGAACAGGAUUUCCUUCUCCAAACAUUCUUCAGUCAGCUGCCUUGUGAAAUCACAGUGAUAAAACUAUCAUUUAAGCGCAACACUCUCUCACAGUAGUUUGCGAAAUAGCCACAAAAUAUAAUCUCUUGAUUUCAUGUCUAUGGAAACUAAUUUACUCUCUUUGUGUGUUCAGUCAGCCACAUAGUAAAGCUUCCAGUUUACAAAAGCAACAGGUUUAGGGUUCAAAUUCUGCACUGGCUGCAUUACAGGCUGUUUUUUUUUUUUUUUUUUUUUAAACAAAACACUUGUUUUCCCUCACAUUACCUCACAGCUGCUGUUUGGUUUGGUUUAAGGACAGUCUCAUAAAAAAAAAAAAAAAAAAAGACAACUUUUACAUCCAUCUUCACGAGCGCAGCGAUCGCAGCUAGUGGCUGUUCCGUUAGCUGGCUGCCGUUUUGAGAUGUGUUGCCCAAAUGGCCUCACAUCCAUUAAGAAUGCUGUUCUACACUUGACCACAGUGCUGCUGGGAACUAGACACAAAUACGCUCUGACACAGAGGCCACAAUCUGAGUGCAUUUCCAUCUUUUAAGAAACCGGUAACCGGCUCCACCUUCACUCUGAACAAUGAGCAGUGCAGCUAUUAAGAAAAUGCCUGCUAAACAUUUUAAUUAUAAAGCACUAAUAUUGCUGUGUGAACAGCAACAAUCGUGCACAAACAGCCCGUAACAACCCCACCCAAACAUUUUAGGGCCGCCCUCCCUCAGUGGCGUUCAUCGUGAAAUGACCUUUUACCGUUGCCUCGUGCGUGGGCUUCUCCAUCAGGGUCUUAUCCCUUAUUUUCAUUUUCUCUCCAACAACACGAGACCGUCGCGUUUCGUCUGAAGUCGAUUUUUUAAAAUUGGUUUAGAUUUUGAAAAUGAAGUUGACCUUGUUUCGCAGCACAGUUUGGUCAGUGGCUUCUUUUGGUCGUACCCCUCUGAUCUCUCUGUUCACGAUUAAAUUAUUAUCAAGCUUUUGUACAUGCAAUCAAAUAAUAACAGCGGUUCUUUCAAGAAGGAUGUUAUAUUGAAUUUAAAACAGUAUAAUUAAUGUUUUGUUCUUUCCUUGAUGUGCUCUUAUUGUUGAUAUAUUUACGUAUGUUUUUGACUUCUUUUAAAGUGUUGCUAAACUAAAUAGGCCACUUGCACAAUAAGUAUAUAUAAUUAUAUACGGUAUAUAUAUAUCAACGUUUGUUUUCCAAAAGGGGGAAACUUUCGCUCUCUCCACUGUAUAUCACGACUCUUAUCCAGAGGACGGAUGGGUUUCUGUUCAAGAAAAUGCUGACUGACAGCCUCGAACUAUCUGUGAUGUGUUUUGAAGUGCAUGUUUCCUAGAUUUGCGUUUUUUGCUUUGUAAUCUUUUAUGUUGCUCUCUUUUAUAUUGUACAUACUGUAUUCUUUACUGUAGAUCUGUGCCUCGUUCAGACUUUGGUGAAUUUUGAUGUUUAAACUUAUCAUGAAUUAAAGACAUACAAGGCU